GCCGCUUUCAACGGAGAUGCUACUAAAAAUCCUUUUAAUUUUAAACACGAGAACAUUAAGAAAUUAGAAAUAAGUAUCAACGGAGAAACCAUGACCACUCGGCCCUUUGAGCCCGAUUUUGCAAAUGAUCAGUACCUAAGAUCUUAUUUGAGUCUGUAUCAAGGGCUGGGGAAAUUGGGAGGAGACUGGGCCCCGGACAUUACCCUGGAAGAGUAUAAAAACGGGUACACGCUCUGGUGUGUGGAUUUUACGAAAGAUCAAGAAGCUCAACUAGAGAAAUUUCAUCUAAUUGAAACUGGAAACUUGAGAAUAGAAGUUCAAUUUUCAAACAACUUAGUUCAGACUUUAAAUUGUGUGGUCUAUGCCGAAUUCGACAAUUUGCUGGAAAUCAACAAACAGAGAGAAGUCAACAUUGAUUACUAAAAAAAAUGGAUUCACGUCAGUUACGAGAGGUGUUAUCACGAGAUUUAGGAAGAUCCUUUGGAGGAGUGUAUCCCCGAGAUUUACUACCGGAUCAAUUAAGACCUCAUGAAAAAGCCAUUGUGAUCAAUACAGAUUCUCACGAUCAACCCGGAACGCAUUGGGUGUGUUUAUAUUGGAACGGAGCUCAUGUGGAAUAUUUUGAUUCUUACGGAUUACCUCCCCUACAUCAAGAAAUUAGACAGUUCAUCUCUAGACACGCUAGACAUUGGACUUACAAUCAGAAUUGUUAUCAAGAUUACUCUACGGAUGUCUGUGGACAUUAUUGUGUGUAUUUUUUACACCAACGCCAUCGAGGAAACAGGCGAGCGUUAGAUUGGCUGUUUCCAUUCCCAAGGACGUCGAGGUUAUCUCCCCUUCAACGAGAUCAUUAUGUGGCUCAAUGGUUUAGAGAGACUUAUCGUAAACCCAAAAGAAAUCAAGGACAAACUUGCAAAUGUUUCUGGCAAAAUAUGUAUUAAUUGCUGUUAUUGUUGCUGUUGUUCAUUCUUAAUUAAAAAUGUUUAAAAAAAUUCGGUCUUGUUUGUUUUUUAAAAAAGAAAGAUAUUUUGAGAGCUCUUUAAUGCUUAAAACUAUUCAAAAAUGCACGUGCCUUAAUUCUAUUCUCCAGAACCUCAGUCAAUUGCUAGAAUAUUCUGUUCUAGAAAAUGAGGCACGUGUCUCAAUUCUAUUGAGAAUUUUCUAGAACCUCAACUACUCCUACAGUAUAUAAAGCUUGUAACAUUCAUUUGGUGUCAGUUUUACGACAAUUGAAAUCUAGAGAUAUCAAGAUGACUUCGACCGUAGACAGUGUGAUCAAUGCUCUAGAGAUGGAUUCCUGUCCCGAUCCUCCGCGGACUGACAAUACAAGAAUUGCUGGUACUGCUGGUGGUUUUUCUGCGGCGGAUUCCUGUUCCAAUCGUGUGCGGAGUGACAAUACAAGAAUUGCCAGUGCUGCUGGUUUUAGCAUGAGUUAUCCAAAUGCUCAGUCAAAUAGGAAGGAUUCGCCAUUUUACUCGCUUUUGGAUGUGAGGCACAUACCACCACCACCACCACCUACAAUGCCGCAUAUUUGGCAAUAUCCGGAGUACCGAACCUUUGCCUCUAGGUAUGCAACGUUUCAAAACUGGCCAAAAUACUUAAGGGGACCCAGCAAAACAGACUUGGCGCGAGCAGGAUUCAUCUACACUCAGUAUGGCGAUAGAGUGACCUGUUUUUGUUGUGGAAUGACAUUGAGUGAAUGGGAACCAGUGGACGACGCCUAUCGAGAACAUCUACGCUGGUCCAGAUAUUGUCAUUUUGCUCAAACGGUGGGUAGCAUGUAAGUGUGAGGAGAAAAAAAACUUCAGUAAAAUGGAAAACUUGUACAUCAAAGGACUGCUCUUAUUUGUAUUUAUCAAGACUGAUUUUCAAUAACAUGCACAGGGGUUCUGUGCUUAUUGUUACUGUGUUUCAUCAAAAAAAUAUGUGUUUAUUGUUACAUUGAUUAUUGUUACAUUGAUUAUUGUUUUAAUAAAAUUGUAAA